UGAAACAUUAUCAUCAUGAAGAAGAGAGAAAAUCUUCUUGAAAUUCCUUGUUUUCUUGUUGUUUUAGGGUUUUUAUUUCUUGGUUUAUUGAAUGGAUCGAAUGGACAAGAUCCUAUUGGAUUUGGAUACUCUGUUCGAUCCGUUGUUUCUAAUGACACCGGCAAGUUCUUGACUGCUGAACUUGAACUCAUCAAUGGUACCAACACUUUUGGUCCGGAUGUACAAUCACUCACGCUUACUGCUAGCUAUGACACAAAGGACCGUCUGAGGAUCCGAAUCACAGACGCCAAAACCCAAAGAUGGGAAAUCUCCCACGAUAUCAUCCCCCGACCAUUCCAUCCCACCAACCCCCUAAACCACGACCACCUCUCUCCGCCGUCGGAAAACCUCUCCUCACCGUCGGAAAACCAGGUCCUCCUUUCCGACCCAAAUUCCGACCUCGUCUUUACCCUCCACAACACCACUCCGUUCGGCUUCACCGUCUCUCGCAAUUCCUCCGGCGACGUCCUCUUCGACACCUCCCCCAAUGGUUCGAACCCCGACACCUUCUUCAUCUUCAAGGACCAGUACAUCCAGCUCUCCUCCUCUCUCCCAGACAACAACAGGUCCUCUCUGUACGGCCUCGGUGAGCGAACCAGGAGCUCCUUCAAGCUCACCCCUGGACAGAAUUUUACCCUCUGGAACUCUGACAUCCCCAGCGCAAGAACCGAUGUCAAUCUUUAUGGGUCCCACCCUUUCUAUCUGGAUGUCAGAUCGGCAUCCGGUGAUGGGAAAGUCGCUGCCGGAACCAGUCAUGGUGUUUUGCUGCUCAACAGCAAUGGGAUGGAUAUUGUAUAUGGUGGUGAUAGGAUUACGUAUAAGGUGAUUGGUGGAGUUGUUGAUCUGUAUAUCUUUUCUGGGUCGACGCCAGAAUUGGUGACUGAGCAGUACACAGAGCUUAUUGGCCGCCCUGCCCCUAUUCCAUACUGGGCUUUUGGAUUUCACCAAUGCCGAUAUGGUUACAAGGAUGUUUCAGAUCUCGAAGGCGUGGUUGCUAAUUAUUCCAGUGCUCAAAUUCCUCUCGAAGUUAUCUGGACUGAUAUUGACCACAUGGAUGGCUAUAAGGAUUUCACUCUUGAUCCCAUUAACUUUCCACAGGAUAAGAUGAAGAAUUUUACCGAUAGGUUGCACCAAAAUGGUCAGAAAUAUGUGCUCAUUUUAGAUCCCGGUAUUGCUGUGAAUGACUCAUAUGAGACCUACACAAGAGGGUUAAAAGCUGAUGCAUACAUUAAGCAUAAUGGUACUAACUACUUGGGGAAAGUUUGGCCUGGACCAGUCUACUUCCCUGAUUUCUUGAAUCCAGCUGGUGGAUCUUUUUGGGGUAAUGAGAUCAAGAUAUUUCAAGAUAUUAUUGCCUUCGAUGGUCUCUGGCUUGACAUGAAUGAGAUAGCCAAUUUCAUAACUACCCCUUCCCUAUCAAAUUCUACACUUGAUGAACCUCCAUACAAAAUCAACAGUGUUGGAGGCCAGCGAGGCAUUAGUGUUAAUACCGUACCAGCUACAGCUUUGCACUUUGGCAACAUUACAGAGUACAAUGCUCAUAACCUUUAUGGUCUACUAGAAGCUAGAGCCACAAAUGAAGCCUUAGUUAAUGUUACUGGUAAGAGGCCCUUCAUACUUACUAGAUCAACUUUUGUUGGUUCUGGUAAGUACACAGCACAUUGGACUGGAGACAAUGCUGCCAAAUGGGAGGAUUUGGCUUACAGCAUUCCCGCCAUUUUGAACUUUGGAUUGUUUGGAAUUCCGAUGGUUGGAGCUGAUAUAUGUGGUUUCUUGGGAAGCACUAAUGAAGAGCUCUGUGCACGUUGGAUUCAGUUAGGUGCUUUUUAUCCCUUUUCAAGAGACCACUCUGACAAGAAUUCAAACCGUCAAGAGCUUUAUCUCUGGGAGUCAGUUGCUGCAUCAGCCAGAAAGGUUCUUGGUCUCCGCUACCGGCUGCUCCCCUUAUUUUACACAUUGAUGUAUGAGGCACACAAAAAGGGAACCCCUAUUGCAAGGCCCCUUUUCUUCUCCUUUCCUGAAGACAACAAUACUUAUGACAUCAAUUCACAAUUUUUAAUUGGUAGAGGUAUAUUGGUGUCACCUGCAUUGCAGUCAGGAUCAGUAUCUGUUAAUGCAUACUUCCCAGCAGGAAACUGGUUUGACCUCUUUAAUCUUUCUCAUUCGGUGAGUGUACAAUCAGGAAACUUUGUCACACUCGACACACCUCCAGAUCAUAUAAAUGUGCAUGUUCGAGAAGGGAAUAUCUUGGCCUUGCAAGGAGAAGCGUUAACAACAAAUGCUGCUCGGAACACCACAUUCCAGCUUUUGGUUGUCAACAGUAACAGCACAAACAGCUCUGGAGAAGUUUUUCUGGAUGAUGGGGAGGAAGUGGAGAUAGGAGGAGAUGGAGGGAAGUGGAGUCUUGUUAGUUUUUCAAGCUCAGUUCAAGGGAACAAAGUUGUGGUUGAAUCAAAUGUUACAAAUCCAGAAUUUGCUUUAUCUCAGAAUUGGAUUAUUGAUAAAAUUACUGCUAUAGGCUUGGAAAAUGCUACUACAGUGAAAGGUUACCAAUUAUAUCCAUCGUCUGGAAGCAGUUUCAGAAAAUAUUCUGGUAUCAAAACUAGCUUUGAGAGCUUUGGUAAAUUCAGCAAAGUAGAGGUGCCAGGGUUGUCAUUGCCUAUAGGAAAGCCAUUCAAGUUGGAAGUAAAUCUUGGGUAGCGAAGCAUUAAGAAUUUUGUUCAAUUAAUUGUAAGCGAACAAUAAAUUCGAUAAAUAAAUCACAGCUCAUGGUUGUUUUCUUUUUC